ACACUAAACACAACCCCCUUUGUUCUGUAAUUGAGCUGCCAAAACAUAUCAAAUUCACGUAUACAUAGAAGAAUCCCAAUGUUAGCGAUGAGGUACCCUCGGCCGGGAAGGGCGAUGAGGCUUAAGUAAUUCCUCGGGACAUUUGUUUCACUGGGGAACCGUAAAAACAUACCCAGCUCAGCCUCUAAACCUGUUCUGUAAGAUCUUUCACGGUUGGUAGGAAGUGGUGAAAGAUGGCUAGGUUCCCGAGAUUGCUGAGGUUCACAGCUGUGCUCGUGCUGGUGAUCUAUGUGUUUGUUCAUAGAUCAGUGACGAAGAGGCAGAGCCAGCACAUACUGGAGCUCAAGCAGAAGUUGCAGCAGCCGGAGGAGCAGUAUGACAUAAAUGGGUCGCUUACAGGCGAUGAGAACCGUGGUGUGAAGGUCGAGUACCUGCCCUCAGGUGAGAUUGAUGCCUCUUUGAAGGUGAACGCUGCGAUGUUCUCACUGGUGAGAAACAGUGAUCUGCAAAAGAUGGCAAGAACGGUACGGUCGUACGAGGACAGGUUCAACUCAAAGUUCCACUACGAUUGGAUCUUUGCCAAUAACGAGCCAUUCACUGAUGAGUUCAAGAGACAGAUAUCGGUACUGGUGACGGGUAACGUGUACUUCGAAGAGCUCCCCUCAGAGUUCUGGAGCUUCCCGGAAUGGAUAGACAGGAGACGAGCGCAGCAGAAUAGGCAGAAGAGUAGGGAAGCUAUGAUGUAUGGAGGCUCACAGAACUAUAGGUUCAUGUGUAGAUUCUUCUCCGGGCUAUUUUACCGGAUGGAAAGGGUUGCAACUUACGAUUACAUUUGGAGAGUUGAGCCAGAAACUGAACUGCUGUGUGAUGUCCAUUAUGACCCUUUUAAAUUCAUGAACGAUAACGAUAUACAUUAUGGAUUUGCCCUGAGCAUCUUGGAGUUCCCUGAGACAGUGCCGACUCUUUGGGAGACCGUGUCACAGUUCAUUGAAGGGUUUCCUCGCUAUAUAAAUGACAACAACCUGCUGGCGUUCAUCUCAGAUGACGAAGGAGCUACUUACAACAUGUGUCAUUUCUGGACGAAUUUUGAGAUUGUUGAUCUUAAUCUAUUCAGAUCAGAGGCGUACAAGGCAUUUUUCCAACAUUUGGAUGUAUCAGGUGGCUUCUUCUACGAGCGUUGGGGUGAUGCUCCUAUACAUUCCAUAGCAGCUUCCCUGUUCCUUUCGAAGAAGCAGAUCCACCACUUCGACGAUAUAGGCUAUUACCAUUCUCCGAAUCACAAUUGUCCUAUAGAUGAUGAGAUAUGGACAAAGAACAGGUGUCUCUGUGAUCAAGCGCAUGAUAUAACUUUUAGGGACUAUUCAUGUGCAGGUAAAUUCUAUGACGUUACAGGAAGAAAGAAGCCAAAAGGAUGGGAAAUCCAUGCUGGUAAAGGUGAUUACUUCGACUAAGUUAGGCAUAUCUCUGUUUUUUCGGUUCAAUGUUAUAGUGCAAGUUGGUUAAACAUGGAGAGGAAGGUUCUUGUACUUGAACAUAUGUAUAUAAGUACCGUUUUCUGAAUAAAUAUCAUGUAUAGGACAUUCUAUUUGUUCCCAUCCUCCCUCGCACCUUCUGGUAAGCUGUGUGGUUCAUCGUGUGACUGCUCCUUCUUGAGGUUCUCUGGGGCAUCCUUAGCGUGAUGGCCAAUCAAACUUUUCAGUUUAUCUGGAAUAUCGUCAAAUACAAGGUCGUCUGUAUUCUGAGAGACGGAUUCUCCCUUC